AUGCCGCUGUUUCGUCAUCGACUCGAAUCAAUUCUGCAAAAUAACCUUCUUGCCUACUCACCAACACUCCCAACCCAUCAAGUCUCCCUCUUCCCCUCCGACUACCCACCCUUCGCCGCCUCCAACCCCAGCGACCGCGAACCAGACGGCACGGCUUGGACCGCAGACGACGUGCUAAGCCACGGCGGCUCCCGCGUCAUUGGACCGCUGGGAACGUUUCUCGCUGAGCCAGUGGGGGAUAAGGGGGAGAUUGUGUAUGCGGAGUUGAGGAUGGGUGAGCUGAUGGAGGCGAAGAUGGAUUUCAGUUUUGAUCCGGUGGGGAGUCAUUCGAGACCUGGUGUCUUGUAA